AUGGGUUUAGAUGAGAGAAAAGACAGAGUUGGGGUAUUGGAUUCGGUUCAUGAAGUGGUUGCACUUGAUGGGAGCAACAAUUUGGUUGUGGGGGAUAGAGAUUGUGUUAAUGGAGCAUUUGGAACUUCAAGAGAAGUGGGUAUGAAUUCAGGAUCCAGUAAGGAGGAGGCUGAGGAAGUUAAGGUUCAUGAAAAGUGUGAUGAAGAAAAUAAUCGUGCCGAAUUGCCAGUGGUUGAUCAAGAAACUAGUUAUAAUUUAAGCAAUUUGGUUAAUCAGGAAGUGGUUGAGACAGUGGUUGUUGUAGUAGAGUCUGUUCAUGUUCAGCCUGUUCAGACUGAGUAUGUUAAUGGAGAGGAUAGGAAAUUGGAAGCAAAAGCUGAUGAAUCAGGGCUUAGUUUGGUUUCCAUGAAAACCCCGAAAGGGGUGUCUGAAAUCGAUAAAGAUUCGUGCGUGAUUGAUAUGAAGUGCAGUAGCCAUAAAGGGUUUUCUGAGAAUUCACAAUGUGAGAGGAUUUGUAGGAUUUGUCAUCUGGCUUUUGGGCCGGCAUCAGAUGCAGCUAUUGUUGGAAAUGCGAGUGCUACAAGCGGAGAUUUUGUUCAACUUGGUUGCGCGUGUAAAGAUGAACUUGGCAUUGCACAUGUUUAUUGUGCUGAAGUGUGGUUCAAGCUCAAGGGAAACAGACUGCGAAAAAUGUUUCGGGUGUUACUAAUAACGGAGUUAUGGAAGAGUGGAAUGAUAGAAGAUUCCUGGACAGCGGCAGUAACUCAUCGCGCAGCUUUCAUUAUGCCAUGGUUUUUUCAUGUAAACAUGUUCUAG